AUGGCUGAGUCUACACAAGUCAAAAAUAAGGACCCUGCACAGAGGCCAACCACAGAAAAACAUGGAAUAGAACCUCCAAAUGUAACCAUUGAUGAGAUGAUGGAUAACCUGUCUGAAUAUUUGAACAAAAGGCUGGGACUGAGAAAGUGCCAUGAUGAUAUGUGCCAGAAAUAUGGAAUUAAACAAUCAAACAGUGGAUUAUGGGACUUGCAGGACAUUAAAAAGGCUUAUGGAAAGACAAAUCGUCUAAGGUCCUGUAUGCAGAAAACAGGAGAGAGUGUUGUAGAAUAUGAAGAACGAUUCAGACAGAUUUGGUUGGAACAUGCUGGUUUAAAUGGUAAUGAGGAUCUGGACAAGGAUACUAACAUGCCUCUAAAAACUGCUUUUGUAAAUGGACUGAAACCUGAAAUUUCAAAAGCCCUAAAAAUCCGAUAUGAUGACUGGGACGGCAUUGGAACAGCUUUCAAUCAGAUUGUUGAGUGGUCAGUAAAAAUUGAAAGGACAUAUGAAGUCAAACUCAGAGCUCUGCAAUCUAGACCCUCAACAUACAGUUACAAGAGCACAGAGAAUGAUCUUCAAGAAAAAGGAGGACGGAGAUACACACAGACAAAAACACAACGACAAGGAAGAUGUAAUUAUUGCAACAAAGAAGGACACUGGUUUCGUGAAUGCAAAAUAAGACUGAGAUAUGAAAAUAAAGAUGUGAAUGACCUGGACAAGAGAUUUCAGCAGCUUACUCAAGAACAAAAACAAUCCCUCCUAAAUGCGGUUGAACCACAGGGAAACUAA